AUUGAGCAAUAAGUCUCGACGAAAAAUCCCUUAUUCCAGUUACUCUGAGCGGACCUUUGUUUCGGGUUUGGAGUCUCCGCGUUGCUCUGAGCCGCUCGCCGUCAAUGGAUGAAGCAGGAUUGUGUGGGAUCCAUCAAUUGACACAAUAUCAGUUACGUCUUGACCAACAGCUCGCUCUUGAGUGAAUGUAGUGCCGCAUGUAUAUAACUUCAACGAUUGGUAUCGAUGGUGCGACACCACCAAGCUCAUGGAUCCCUCUCUGCCCCAGAAUGAUACGUUACGACGUGGAAGUGCUUGUCUCCCAUGCAGGCGAAGGAAGCAGAAAUGUACUGCAGAACGUCCUUCAUGCGGCCAAUGUGUGAGGGGUUCCCGACAAUGUCAGUAUGACCUUCCCCAAGCAAGUUUGGAAGAACGCCUUCAGCGACGCGUGGAUGCACUAGAAAACCUCGUGGCUUCUUAUUCACAGAUUACGCCCGUGCAUGGCUAUGUUCCGGGAAAUCCUCAAUCCCAAGUGCCACUUGCUGGGACAGCCCCUGGUGGCUCUGGGCAUGGUCAGUAUAGCAGCUAUACGAACGUUCCACCCGAACUGGUAGAUCACCUUCUGGCGACAUUUUUCAAAUACUCGUACCAGUUCAACUUCCCCGGAAAUGAACCCAACUUUAGGGCUGCGAUGCAAUUCCCGAGUUCAGACCCCCGCAGUCCGCAUCCAUCUUUACUAAAUGCGAUGCUCCUCGUUGCUUGUAGAUGGUCCAAUCGCGGGACGCUAGAACUUGAGACCUAUCUCUCCAACAAAGCAGUGUCGGAGCUCAAUAACUCACAAGGUGACGCUGCAAGACUAAUAAACACGGUCCUUGCCGCGUCACUUCUUUGCAGAUACAGUCUGCUCGUAGGCCAGCUCGCCCGAGCAAGCUAUCUUGCGAGUAGUGCGUUAAUGUUUGCAAAGAGCUGCGGGCUUCACCGGCUGCCAGUGCAUUGGGACGAUCGGUCGCCCGAUGAAGGAACUAUGUUCUUGCUCCCCCCUCCUCAAUCUAAGAGUGACUUCUGCUUGCGUAUCAGCGUGUGGUGGAGUGUUUAUUUACUGGAUAAGGAUGUCUGUCAUGUAUGUGGUAUCGCGUCGUCGGUGCUGGACGAGGAGAUUUGCACCCCAUGGCCUUCAGAAUUCGCCUUCUUUGAGAAUGCGAAUGCAGGCAUGACUCUACCCCACGUUUUCGUUUCAAAUCAGAUGGUGAUGAACAUCGAGGAUUUAUUAAUAUGCAUGAAAGCCAAGGCUGUCGCCCUACAUGAUGCUGCAAGACGUGAAUAUCGAUGGCUGCGAGAAGGGCGCUACCGCACAUGGCAAGAUUAUGUCUCCAGGAAGCAACAUCUUGAAGCAAUCCUAUCCGCGUUCCAAAGAUCGCUCGCUUCAGUUGAUCCUAAACAGUUUCUUUCGUCCGUCGGGUCUCGCAAUAAUCUGCACACGCCUGAUGUUUCUGCCAUCCACCAUACCCUAUUAUUUGCGCACUCGUCCCUUCUGGCAGCACAGAUUACUCUGCAUUUAGCCGGAUCGGAAAGGACGGGUGAUUUGCGAGCGGCUAGGGAAAAUGCGUACUUGAUGGCAGCUCUCGUACGACGAGGCAUGGAUGUGGAUCGUGCCAAAGGUUCUCCCCGCACUUCUGGGCAACUGGACGCAAAGGACAUAUAUUGGCACUGUGGGCCUUGUUGGGAUGUUGCAUUGGGUGUCCUAAGGGAAGAACAAUCAAGUUGGGAUCAAGGUUCCAUCACUAGUUCAGAUCAUCAAUCUGCAGUGCGCGCGCACAUCUCCGUUCUGUCACACGCUUCAAAGCGACUGCAAGACUUCGCGAGACGGUGAUGGGGCUUGAAAUAACCACGCAUAUAGCGCGAAGCGCAAUU